CCGAGCCCGGCCCGAGCUGCGCGUGCGGAGCGAGCCCCCUCUGCAGGCUGCAGCCCCAGCGCCCGGCGCGAUGUCGGUGACGUUUGAGGAUGUGGCCAUGUAUUUCUCCCCAGCGGAGUGGGUGCUGCUGGGCGAGGAGCAAAGGCAACUUUACAGACACGUCAUGUGGGAAAAUUACCAGACUCUGGUCUCACUAGCAGGAAUCCAGACCCCCAAACCAGUGGUGAUCUCCAGCAUAGAGCGAGGGGAAGAGCUGUGUGCCCAGGGUCCCACAGAAGAUGGAGACAUCCUGAGAGGCACCCGCCCAGGGUUUCCAGAUGCAGAGGAGACCUGGGACUGGCCAGCAAUUGAAAGCUCCUUGGGCUUCUUCCUCACACAAAGCUCUUCCCCUGGAGCAGCAGGUGCCAGGUCCCUGAGCAGAGCUAUGGGGCAGACACCUGAGGAAGGGUCUGGCAACCUGGAGCCACUCAGGCCUUUCCCAGGGACAUCAGGGGAGAACCACUCCCAGAAAACUGAGUGGGGAAGACACCACAAGAGGCAGUGCAAGCCACAAAAGCAGAGGAAGAAUCUGACCAGGAAGGAGCCAGCAACCCCAAGAAGUCAUCAGAGGAGAUCCAGGUCACAUCUAAAGCCACCUGUAAAGGGACAAUCUAAGCCCAGAAAGAGCCUAUAUACCUGCCGUGUGUGCAGGGAAGAAUUCAAGGUGCAGAGAGACCUGAUAAGCCACCACUGGACAGUUCAUAGAAGACAGAAACUAUAUCAAUGUAGCGAAUGUGGGGAGAGCUUCAGGAGAAAGAAAGCAUUCAAAGCACAUGGGAAAACCCACAGAAAGGAGAGAGCCCAUCCCUGUUCUGAGUGUGGGAAGAUAUUCAACCAGUUAUCACUGCUCACUGCCCACCGGAGAAUACAUACGGGAGAGAGACCCUAUUGCUGUGCUGAGUGCGGAAAAAGAUUCUUCCAAAUAACCGCUCUUACCAUCCACAAAAGAAUCCACUCAGGAGAGAGACCCUAUGCCUGCGCUGAGUGUGGAAAGAGAUUUAUGGAUUCAUCAACAUUUCGUAAUCACCAGAGAAUCCACUCAGAAAAGAGACCCCAUCGCUGUAGCCAAUGUGGGAAAGGCUUCAAACUUACAUCAAGUCUUACUAGACACCAGAAAAUCCACAGCGGAGAGAAACCCUUCCUGUGUCAUGAGUGUGGGAAACAAUUCUGCCUACGAGAACAUCUCAUUAGACAUCAGAGGAUCCACACUGGGGAGCAACCCCAUUGCUGUGGUGAGUGUGGGAAAAAAUUCAGUCUCCUUCAAAGUCUCAGGAGACACCAAGGAAUCCAUCGUACUGGGGGACCGCAUCGAUGCGCUGAGUGUGGGAGAAUAUUCGGUCAUCCAGAAAGUCUCACUCUGCACCAGAGGAUCCACACUGGGGAAAGACUCCAUCACUGUGGUGAAUGCGGGAAAAAGUUUGUCCGUCUAGUACAACUCAGAGUCCACCAAAGAAUCCAUACUGGGGAGAGACCCUAUUACUGUACUGAGUGUGGGAAAAGAUUCACCCAAUCGUCAGGCCUUAUCAAUCACCAGAGAAUCCAUUCAGGAGAGCGACCCUAUCCCUGCACUCAGUGCGGGAAGGUCUUUGCUCACUCAUCGUCUCUUACCAAACAUCAGAAAAUCCAUUUGGAAAAGAAGCCAUACUCCUGCGCUCGGUGUGGGAAGCGCUUUGCUCGCUCAUCAUCUCUCACUAAACACCGGAGCACCCACUCAGGAGAGCGACCAUAUUCCUGCGCUCAGUGUGGGAAGCGCUUUGCUCGCUCAUCAUCUCUCACUAAACACCGGAGCACCCACAUAGGAUAGAGACUCCUGACUCUUGUGUUUGAUUGGAGAAACCUCUUCAAUCUCUCAUUUCACUCUUUUCCCAAAGGCUGUAAAAGAGGGAACCUGCUCCCACUCUGAACUGCUCCCACCUCCUCACUAACCAGACAUUAGGUUCAGUGCAGGGUUUGUUAAAAUAAUUUGUGUGGCCCUGGAGAUGGGAGAAUUUCACCCUAGAGGCACCAAAACAAUCCUUGUGGGUUGCAGCUGGGACAGGGAUGGCUGGAGUCGGGACUGUGCUUUAGAGGCCCAGGCCAUUCACUCACUGCGGCUCCCAUCCUCUUGGGCGCCGCUAAUGGAAUUUGUUUUAUUUCCUCUUUCUUUUCCCCUUGGAAAAUGGAAAAAUGGACAAAGAUUCUGGCACAGACUGAAAAGGAGCUUUCUUCUCCUGCGUUAAUGAAAGGUUGUGACAUCCCCCGCAUGUACUGAAUCAAAAGGAAGGGCAUUUUGAUUUGGCUUUGAGAUAAAAUUAUGAUGCAAGCUGUAUGCAUAAUGCAGCCAGGGCCCUGUCUUCACACCUAAUCGCCAGGCAAGCAAUACCAGCUAGGACCGGAAGGUUGGAGACUGGACUUUCUGGGUCACACCAAUGAUAAUACGGCUAAAGUCAAAACACCACUUUUCUGAAAUAGUUGAACCUGUCAGACAGUACAUCAGACACAACAUUUCUUAGAAACAGCGGCAAUAGGUGGUGUGGGGUAAUAUUUUAUUUUGAUGAUGCACUUCUUGAUGGAUAGACAAGCCAGAUUUGCAUCCCCUAGUCCAGUCGUUCUCAACCAGGGGUACGUGUACCCCUGAGGAUAGGCAGAGGCCUUCCAGGGGGUACAUCUCAUCUAGAUAUUUGCCUAGUUUUACAGCAGGCUACAUAAAAAGCACUAGGAAAGUUACAAACUAAAAUUUCAUACAGACAAUGACCUGUUUAUAUUGCUCUAUAUACUAUACACUGACAUGUAAGUACAGUAUUUAUAUUCCAUUUUAUUUAUUUGAUAAUUAUAUGGUAAGAAUGAGAAAGUAAGCAAUUUUUCAGUAAUAAUGUGCUCUGACACUUUUUUGUAUUUUUAUGUCUGGUUUUGUAAGCAAGUAUUUUUUAAGUGAGGUGAAACUUGGGGUAUGCAAGACAAAUCUGACUACUGAAAGGGGUUCAGUAUUCUGGAAAUGUUGAGAACCACUGCCCUAGUCUCUCUGAAUCAGCUCUCACAUGCUCCUCAGAAUAGCCAUAUGAAAUGAAAGAUCCUUCUUCAUUACAACAGGAUACAUUGUGGUGGCAGGUGGUUUAACUUACAUCUUUACCCACUGGGGCUUCUUCAGUUCCCCAUCCUGUUCCUGUGGCACUCAAGAACAAAUAGUAUGCUAUUUGGUUAUGGACUGCCACCUUUAUCAUCUUGAUGGUAGAUGCAUGCCCUUGAUGUCUCCAGAUGCUGCUGCCAUGAUAGCGUGACUACAUCGCUUACCCAACAUCUAAUUAAUUGUUUGUGCCAUCAGAAGCCAUACGCCAGAAAAAAGGCAAGGGCAGGGAUGAGGGAUUGAUAUAGUAGAGGUUUCAGAGAGCUGCUUCUUGUUAUAAUGGUCUGUUUUCUGAAUAAUUUGAGUUUAUGUCCCUGGAAGAGGAAGUGGCACUUUAAGUCCACUAACACCGAGAUGUACCUGGAUCUCAACCCUGACACGUAAUGCGAAGGAGUGAGGGAAAUUAUCUCUGAGCACCUUUGCUGUACUUUCCAGGCUGGGACUUGUUUGCUGCUAGUUGUAGGUGUUUUCAAUAAACAACUAGUGGAGUUGCAGUCCCAGCCCAGAGUGUGACAUGGGUGUGAAACAGCCAGGGGUCAUAGGGCAGGGACAGAGAUGGAAUCCUGCGUGAAAACAGACAGCCCAGAGAGCACUCUUUGAGGAGAGGGAGUCUUAAAUAGAGAGGGAAAGAAACUAGUCCCAGCAACGUUCACAGAUGAAACUGAGCAGCAGCACAGGGCCAGUGUCUCCUCGUUCGUCCAGCUGGGGAAAUCCGUGGCCGUGCCUCUCUUUCGGAGGGUGAUGAUGAGAUGCAACUUUAUCUCACUGUUGUGUCAUCAUUCCUGGAGGGCAUAAAAUAAUACAAUAGAAUUAUGAGUCUGAAAUAGCUGCUGCCAUGUGUGUAGGUGAAGACCUGCAAUCUUCCGUGCAGUGCUGACUUUGCCAUGUUCCAGUCACUCUUGGGAGAUGAUGUUGGGGAGAAGCAGCCAUCUUGCCUUUCUUUUUGGAGAUGGUUAUGCCAGUUGCAGUUCAGCUCCAUUGUAAUCUGCUUUAAAUUAUUAUCCGCACUCUAAAAAUGGGGGUGUUAGAGCAUUGAAUUAGUUAAAAUCUCCCAGAAUACUUUGUGCUUAUGCUAAGAUUUAUUGUGCAAAUUUACUAGUUAUUAAAUUGUUCUAACCUUUGUUCAUUAGCAUAUGCAGGAUGUCAGACGUGAGAUGUAUACUCCGUUAAGGUUUGCCAAAUAUGAACUGUGUGCUAGGUACAGUUAGUGCAAAUGUUUCCUUGAUCUAAUGCUACUUGUGUGUGCUAUGGUCUACUGCCAGCUAAACUGUUGUGUGCAUAAUUAGAUAAGAAAAGGUGUGUAAGGUCUGUGGAAUCUGGAAUUUUCUGUCUCCUAAAUGAGGAAAAUCCAAAUAUGAGCAAAAAUGAACUCAUAGUUUGGAACAGAAUGAAGAUGUAAACCGCUGCAAGACAGUUCUCCAGAUUGGGUAUGUACUGACCUUUCUGUAUUACACUGAUUUUACUUCCAAUCAAUAAAUCCGUUGAGUUUGGUUAUCUGA